CUUAAGCGAGGAAAUAGAGUAAGAGUAGUCUACAGGAGAAGAAGAUGGCAACCAUUACUCGGUCGAUCUCCAUUUUGCUUCUAUGGGCUCUGGUCUUUUUCGGAGCUUUAGCUGUAAUUCAGAGGCGAUUAGGCGAUGCUGGAGUUCCGUCCGAUCGAAAUGAGAUCGAUAGCGAGCUCGAUGAGGCAAAGAAGGCAAACGAUGAAAGCUUGAAGGAAAUUACUCACAAUGUAUACUUUGAUGUUGAGAUCGAUGGAAAACCUGCUGGUCGUAUUGUCAUGGGCCUCUUUGGGAAAACAGUUCCUAAAACCACAGAGAAUUUUCGAGCGCUUUGCACAGGGGAGAAUGGUAUUGGGAAGAGUGGGAAACCUCUUCACUACAAAGGGAGCACAUUCCACAGGAUUAUUCCCAACUUUAUGCUUCAGGGGGGUGAUUUUACCCUUGGAGAUGGGAGAGGUGGAGAGUCAAUCUAUGGAGAAAAGUUUGCUGACGAGAACUUCAAACUGAAGCACACUGGACCAGGGCUUCUUUCAAUGGCAAAUGCUGGUCAAGAUACCAAUGGUUCACAGUUCUUCAUCACUACAGUCACAACUAACUGGUUGGAUGGCAGACAUGUUGUGUUUGGUAAGGUGGUUUCUGGGAUGGAUGUGGUGUACAAAAUUGAAGCUGAGGGGAGACAGAGUGGCACACCCAAAACCAAAGUUGUUAUUGUAGACAGUGGCGAGCUUCCGUUGUGAUUACC